CAGUCUGUUGCGUCAUUCAAACCAUGAGACUCAUCUUUCAAGAAUGUUCAGUGAUCUUCACACUGGUCAACUUAGUGGGUGCUCUAUCACAAUCAUUUGGUCAGGAAGAUGCCAUCAGCACCACAAUAAUCAAUUUCAAUAAUGAAAAAAUGCAGAUCACAUGGGCAACAAGAAAACUAUUUCCUGGCAAGAAUGUGUCAUUUUCUUAUAUAUUUAAAGAAAGCAAGCAGAAAUACUGGAAAACAUGUCCCACGUAUCUAUUGACACAAGGUUAUAAUUCAGGAUGUCUUUUUAACACAGAAGGAUACACCCUUGCUUUCUCAAUCAUGAACAGCAAUGGAAGUGAAGAGCUUUUUACUAAAAGACUGAAAUCCGAUUUCUAUAUAAAGCCGAAUCGACCAGAAAAUGUGACCUUCUUCUGGAAGGAUGACACUGUUACUGUUACAUGUAAUAAACCAGAAAAAGGUGUGAAGUGCUUGAGACUUGAGCUUCAAUACAAAAGCAAAUAUGACAGAGGAUGGCAAUCCAGAACUUCUAAGUGUUGCAGAGUUGGAGAGCAAGGCUUUGAUCCAAGGAAAUGCUAUUCUUUUCGGGUCAGACUGAAGAGGAUAGUACCCUCUUGCAACGUAGUUGAUUACAGCAGUGACUGGGAAGCAGAAACAUUUUGGAUGAAUAGCACAUUACUAGAUUCAUGUGAUGAUGAAAUAAAAACCCAGUCAAACACAGUAAUUCUUUUAAGUUGUUUGAUGAUAUUACUUCUAAUGAUAUUUAUCCUCUUGAUCCUUCUGUGUAAAUGGCAGAGACUUCAGAAAUCUGUUAUGCCUACCAUACCAGAGCCAAAAUAUAUAUUUACUGAUCUCUUCAAUGAUCAUAGUGGAAACUUCCAGUUCUCCCAUGGUUACACAGCCAUACAGCCUGUCUCAAAGCAGGUUUGCAGGGACUCAUGCAAACCAACCUACAAAAGAGCAACUUAA